CAUUGUCCCGCGGGGAUAAAGCCGGGGGGGGGCCGAGCAGGGCCAGAGCCGAGCACCCACAGCCCCGCCGCCAUGAGCAGCCAACGGGUGGAAUCCAACUGCCCUGAGGAGCUGCCCCCCAGCACGGCCGAGCCCCGGCACCAGUACCGCAACUACACGGAGGGGAAGCUGCUGGAGCGGGUGUACAACACGUACCGGCUCAUGCACACACACCAGACCGUGGACUUCGUGCGCAAGAAGUGUGCGCAGUACGGGCCGUGCUCACAGCGCCGCAUGACUGUGAUGGAGGCCCUGGAGCUGCUGGAUGAGCUGGUGGAUGAGUCCGACCCAGACGUGGACUUCCCCAACUCCUUCCAUGCCUACCAGACAGCAGAGGGCAUCCGCAAGGCCCACCCUGACAAAGACUGGUUCCACCUCGUGGGGCUGCUGCACGACCUGGGCAAGGUGCUGGCGCUGUUUGGGGAACCCCAGUGGGCCGUGGUGGGGGACACCUUCCCCGUGGGCUGCAAAGUGCAGAAGUCAGUGGUGUUUGGAGACUCCACCUUCCACAACAACCCCGACACCAAGGACCCCCGGUACAGCACUGAGUACGGGAUGUACCAGCCCCGCUGCGGCCUGGAGAAUGUCCUCAUGUCCUGGGGACACGAUGAGUACAUGUACCGGGUCAUGAAGUUCAACAACUUCACCCUGCCCAAGGAGGCCUUCUACAUGGUGCGGUUCCACUCCUUCUACCCCUGGCACGCACACGGGGACUACCUGCACCUCUGCAGCGAGGAGGACCUUCGCAUGCUGCCCUGGGUGCGCGAGCUCAACAAGUUCGACCUGUACACGAAGCAGGAGGAGCUGCCUGACGUGCAGCAGCUCCGCAGCUACUACCAGUCGCUCAUCGACAAGUACUGCCCUGGGGAGCUCUGCUGGUGAGGGGGAGGCACACUGGGAGCACCCCCAACCCGGGGGCAGCGCUGGGACCACACCAGGACCCCCACUGCACCAGGACUGUCACUGCACCAAAACGGGUCCCCCCUUUGCGCCAGGACCCCCAGUACCACACUGAAUUGGGAUCCCCACCACCAUACCCCACUGAGACCCCCAGGGCAAGGCACCGGGAUCCCUGCCACAAAGACACAAUGCACUGGGACCCCCACCAUACUGCAGCGAGACCUCACUGUGCUGCAGUGGGACCCCCGGUAUAGUACACCAGAACUACCACUGUGACCCAUGGUAUCACAC